AUGUCCUGCAGUUGGCUGAGUUUCUGGUGCUGCUGCUGGCUGAGCCUCAGUAUUUGGACCUGGAGGACCAAGGCUCUGGAGCUGCAGCAGCUGGUCCAGUAUGGAGAAGAAGCCGGGGACCAGCAGCUGCCUCCCGGCUCCGACUCCACCGCUGAGCUGCUCCUCACCGGCUCCAUGUACCUCUUCAGUGAGACUGUGGAUAAAGUUUAUAUAAACACUAAUGGAUUGGUGGCCACUACUGAGCCUGAAGCUGAGGAGGAGUAUCUGGGGAACAUGCCCGCCAGUUUCAGAAUGAUCGCAGCGCUCCUCGGAGACCUGGACACCAGUGACGGACAGGGAAAGGUGUACUUCAGGGAGGACAGCAAACCGGCUGUACUGAGCCAAGUCACCGAGCACAUCAGGCGAGCUUUUCCCAGAGAUGAUGGAGUGGAUCCAACCAGCGCCCUCAUCGUCACCUGGGAGAACAUGGCUGCCAAGGGCGCCUCUGGACGUGGGGACGGACUGGACACUAAGAGAAACACUUUCCAGCUGGUUGUGGCCUUGAUGGCCUCGUCCACCUACGCUAUCCUCUUGUACCCCAAAAACAGCCUGAAGUUCCACUCCACUUCAGUAGGGGGCAAGAGUAAGGUCCUAGAAGUUGGCUUCAAUGAAGGCCUUGUGAAGGGCUGGUGGCGAUCCACCCAGGGGACGUACUACCGCAGCACCACAGAUGAUGAGAUCUCCAUCAGGGAACUUACUGAAAAGACCAACUCAGGACGGAGUGGGGUUUGGGUGUACGAGAUCGGAUCCUCACCGUUCUUUUUCGACAUCACAUCAGGAAUGGUGGAGGAAGAGGAUACCAGCGAAGCCUCUGUUACUAUGUUGCCAAGGCAACCUGAUAAACAGACUGAGACUGUUACGCCAGAGUACGCAGAACCGGAGACUGAAGAGCCAGAAUAUGAAGAUCUGGGCGAGCUUGAGCCAGAAUACCCUGAUUCUGAGACUGUCAACCCAACGCGCACUUCCCCGGAGAGGGUUCAGCCAAGAUACCCUGAACAAACUGAGUCCGAAUACCCUUACCAGCCUGAGCAACCAAGGUACAACAUUCCCGAACCCAGUGAGCCCAGAUAUCCAGUUGAUCCACGGUACACCAACCCUGAACCAGUCCAACCAGUUCCACCUCAUACCCAGCCCCAGCAACCCGAGGUUGUCGUGGUAGAUGAAGAUGACGCUCUGAAUGUAAAUGUAUUUGCGUACAAUUUGGACACAUGUGACCACAACAGGCACAAAUGCUCUGCUUUCGCCGAGUGCCGGGAUUACAGCAACGGGUACUGCUGCCAAUGUAAGCCUGGUUUCUAUGGUAACGGGAAGGACUGUGUUGCAGAAGGUAAACCACAGAGAAUGAAUGGAAAAGUGUCAGGUCGAGUGUUUGUGGGGAACUCACCUUCGCCCGUUGAGAUCAGUAACAAUGACUUGCACUCAUACGUGGUGGCAAAUGAUGGACGGGCCUACGUGGCAAUCAGUAACAUCCCCGAUAGCAUAGGUCCCUCCCUGCAGCCACUGUCUUCCCUGGGAGGAGUCAUCGGCUGGGCCUUCGCCCUGGAGCAGCCCGGCUACCAGAACGGCUUCAGCCUCGUCGGCGGUGUGUUUUCCCGGCAGGCCGAGGUCACCUUCCAGCCCGGUAACGAGCGGCUGAGCAUCAAGCAGGAGUUUAAGGGGAUUGAUGAGCACGACCACCUGGUGGUGAGCACAGAGCUGGAGGGACGUGUUCCCGCCAUCCCGCUGGGAUCCAGUGUCCAGAUCAACCCAUACAAAGAGAUCUACCAGUAUGACCAAAACUUGAUCACUUCCUCCUCCAACCGUGAUUACACCAUCACCUCCCCGGACGGCGACGUCCAGACUAGAAACUACAAUUGGCGUCAGACCAUCACCUUCCAGACCUGCCCUCAUGAUGAGACCAACAGGGCGGCACCAUCUGUCCAGAAGCUCAGUGUGGACCAGAUCUUUGUGAUGUUCGACACCGCCAACCACCUGAUACGCUACGCCAUGAGCAACAAGAUCGGCUCCGUCCACAGCGGUCAACCAGAGCAGAAUCCCUGUUUCACGGGCCGACACGGCUGUGACAUCAACGCUAUGUGCAGAGCAGGUGAAGGCCUCCAGUUCACCUGUGAAUGUGCGUCUGGUUUCGCCGGAGACGGACGUUUCUGCAACGAUAUGGACGAGUGCAGGGAGACUCCUGAUGUGUGUGGACCCAACGGCGUCUGCAGCAAUCAGCCGGGAACUUUCCACUGCGAGUGCUCGACCGGCUUCGUGUUCGCCAGCGAUGGAAAGACCUGCAUCGUGGAGAACCGGCCGGUGGAUCACUGUCAGAGAGGAAGUCACGACUGCGAUCUUCCUGAGCGAGCUCUCUGCAGCUACACCGGGGGCUCGGCCUACAUCUGCUCCUGCCUGCAGGGCUUCGAGGGCGACGGCCGGGUGUGUCGGGACGUAGACGAGUGUCAGCAGGAACGAUGCCACCGUGACGCCGUCUGCUCCAACGCACCGGGAAUCUUCACCUGUCAGUGCCGUCCUGGUUUCCAUGGUGACGGCUUCCAGUGCAGCCCUAUAUCCACAGAGCGUGAGACGACCCAGUGCGAACGUCAGAGAGAGAGCGCCCAGACUCCCCCCACCAGCUCCGGCUUCUUCUCCAUCUUCAGGCCUCGUCCGGCCGUCAGUCAGUACAUCCCACAGUGUGACGAGCACGGAGCCUACAAGCCCACGCAGUGUCACACCAGCAUCCAGCAGUGCUGGUGUGUGGACGCCAACGGCCAGGAGAUCCCCAACACCCGCACCGGACCCGGCAACACGCCUCUGUGUAUUGAUCAGACGGUGACUCCUCCUCCUCCGGUCGGUCCGACCCCGCGGCCCGACGUUCACCCCGUUGCUCCGGGAACACACCUGCUGUUCGCCCAGAGCGGGAAGCUCGAACAAGUUCCUCUGGAUGGAUACAACAUCAAGAAGGACGAGGCCAAACCUCUGCUGCACAUUCCUGAUCGGGUGGUGAUCGCGGUGGCUUACGACUGCUUGGAGAAGAUGGUUUAUUGGACCGAUAUCACCGAGCCGGCCAUCAGCAAGGCCAGUCUGAGCGGAGGAGACAUCAUCCCAGUCAUCAAUAAAGAGCUGCAGAGUCCUGAAGGCAUUGCCAUCGACCACGUGGCCCGCCUCCUCUUCUGGACCGACUCCAUGCGUGACACUGUGGAGGUUUCUAAACUGGACGGCAGCCAGCGUCGCGUCCUGUUCGACACCGACCUCAUCAACCCUCGACCCAUCGUCACAGACCCAGCAUACGGGCGGCUGUUUUGGGCAGAUUGGAACAGAGACGGGCCUAAAAUUGAGAUGUCCAACAUGGACGGAACGGAUCGAACCGUCCUGGUGAAAGAUGACUUGGGGCUUCCCAACGGUCUGACCUUUGACGCCGACAACCAGCAGCUGUGCUGGGCUGACGCAGGUACUCGUAAGGUGGAGUGUAUGGAUCCUCACCGCCGGCUGAGGAGGCAGAUCGUGGAAGGGAUCCACUAUCCCUUCGCUCUGGUCUCCUUUGGAAGGAACCUCUACUACACCGACUGGAGGAGGGAAGCCGUGGUCGCUGUGGACCGUCAGUCCCAGAAAGAGGUGGACGAGUUCCUGCCACAGAAACGCUCGCGGCUGUACGGCAUCACCACGACACCGACGCAGUGUCCACAAGCUUUUAACUACUGCGCCAACAACGGCGGCUGCUCUCACCUCUGUCUGCCGCGGCUCGGCGGAUUCACCUGUCGCUGCCCGGACGCCGCCGACGGCCAAUGUGUGGACAGAAACCUGUGA